GUCACAUCCCUGCGGCCAUGGGCGCACUGAUAUCUUACAUUGGUAACUUGUGUGCUUUGAUCGGUCAGGCGUUCCCUCCCAAGCCGACCUUCAGCGUCGACCAGAUACCUGAUCUGACGGGACAAGUGGUCAUCGUUACUGGUGGCAACACAGGCAUAGGCAAGGAGACGGUCAGAGCACUCCUGCUGCAUGAUGCUAAGGUAUAUCUUGCUGCUCGAAGCAAGGAGAAGGCGGACGCUGCAAUUUCCGACCUCAAGGCAUCCACGGGAAGGGAAGCCUUCUUCAUGGAGCUUGAUCUUGCGGACAUGUCCUCCGUCAAGAAGGCAGCACGCGACUUCCUAAGCAAGGAGCCUGAGCUUCACAUCUUGUUCAACAAUGCAGGCGUCAUGUUUCCACCACUCUCUCAAAUCACUGCAGACGGUUUCGACUUGCAGUUUGGCGUGAACGUCUUAGGACAUUUCUAUCUGACUGAGCUAUUAAUGCCGGCACUUCUUGCGGGAAAGGGGUCCUCGCCUGACCAUCACGCUCGCGUCGUGACAACCUCCUCGGCCGCUUCCUAUCUCGGUACACUGCACUGGGAGACAUUCAAGGACGGUCCUGCGAGACGUCGCGAAACGACUGACGCUCUAUAUAAUCAGAGUAAGCUAGCAAAUGUGAUCGUAGCUCGUGAAACUGCCAAACGGUAUGGACAUCAAGGUAUUAUAUCCAUUGCCGUAAAUCCAGGCUACGAUCUCCAACGUCACCUUCCGUCGAUCAUUCCUAAAUUAGGAGCCUUGACGGUCCUGUACCCAACACCGUAUGGGGCCCUCACCCAGCUUUGGGCAGGGACAAUGCCUCAAGCGCUCCAUUACAACGGUGAAUUUUUCAUUCCCUGGGCACGCCCUGGGAAGUGCAGAGCAGAGGCGUAUGAUCCUGCGAUAGGAGAGCGAUUGUGGAACUGGCUGGAAGAGCAGGUCAGGGGCAUCUGA